AUUAUUUUAUUUACGGCUACUGUUGAUGUGCGGUCGUCUGCUUGGUAUUGGUAACUUUCCGAAUUUCCGUUUGUUGGUGCCAGAAAUACUUUUGAAUCUUGAAACUGUCACAUUUCACUGCUUUAUCGUUAUUAAAUUUUUAAAUGGCUCAACGAGCUUUACCACAAAGUAAAGAAGCACUACUCAAAUCAUAUAAUAAACGGCUAAAAGACGAUGUAAAAUCGUUGCUUGAUAACUUCAGCGAGAUAAUCAAACUUGCUAGAGUCGAAGAAGAAACGCAAGUUUCCAGAAUGACGCAGUGUGAAGAAGAUCAUUUUGAAAUGUUGGUCCGAGCCUCGAACAUAGUCAGAGCUGGGGAAUCUCUGAUGAAACUUGUGACAGACCUGAAGCAAUAUUUGAUCCUCAAUGACUUUCCAUCUGCCAAUGAAGCUAUUGGUCAGACUGCUCGAAACAUGUCGUCAAUGCAACAAGAAUCUGAUAGAAAACUUAUGGCUCUCAGAGAUGAUUUAGCUGCAGACCUGUAUGAUCUUGAAGAAGAAUAUUAUUCAUCACCUUUCAAAUAGCUGGAUUUUAUGAAAUAUAUUGCUUUAUUUUGAAAACAAAA